AUGAGUGAAUAUGACUUAAGUAAAACUGUAACUCAAAUCAUUAGACAAAUGAAAAAGCCUGACAGUGUUGAUGAUGAAUUAGAGAAUGUUGUUGUUUCUCCUUUCGUUGGAAAAGUUGGCAAGACUUGUUCCAUUGAUGUGAUAGCUAAACUUCAAUCCAAACUUAGUUCUGAUCAAAUGUCUACAUAUAAGAGCAGUAGGUUUUGUGUAUUCUUGGGACGAGGAAAGGAUGUAUUGAGUCUUAGGUUUAUACAUUCUAUACUACUCAGGGAAGUUCAUCAUCCAGACAUGUCCGAGCUUUGGUUUUAUUAUGGCUCGGGUAACAUGUGUUUUAGUUUGUAUGAGUUUGGAUUGGUUAGUGGUCUUGUUUGCGGUGGGGACGAGCCUAGAUUUUCUGAUUAUUGUAAUGGUGGAACCUUUUAUGGUAAAUUUUUUAGUGAUGAGAAUAGGAUUACUCGUCAGGUUAUAGAAUCGAAGUUUAAUGAUGCCGUUUGGGAGAAUGACGAUGAGGCAGUGAAGUUUGCAAAGGUGUAUUUUGUCAAAUGUUUUCUAUUGGGAAGUCUUAAAACUACAUUGAUUGACAGUCGCUUCAUUACCCUGUUGGACUGCUCAGAUUUUGAUGAUUUUCUAUGGGGAAAAUAUUCAUUUCAGUUAUUCGUCCAGUCUACAAAGAAUAAGCUUUGA